AUGAAUUCACUCUUCAACUCUGCAUUACGGCAAUCCAACGCCAUCCGCAAGGAUCUCGACGCCUACGCCGAGUCAGCCACGACCUCGCCCGCUCUCCAGGGACAACUCACAACCUCUCUCACCUCCUUCAGCCGCACAUUAGACGACUACUCAAGAAGCGCACAGCAAGAACUGGUCCCGGAAAAGGCACAGAAGGCUCAAGAUCGCCUGACAAACUUCCGCGCCGAGCUUCUCGACUACCGCAGUCGCUUCGCCCUGCUCAAAGCCGAACACGAAGAGAAACUGCACCAGAACAACCGAAAUGAUCUGUUAGGCCAUCGUCGACCGCAUGGAGCAAACGCCACACCUGAGAACCCAUACGCCGAUUCUGCAAUUGCCAGCUCUUCGCGCGAUGCAGGCGCAAACCCACUGUUCCGCACACGAGACGGCUUUGUCAAUACACCUACUGGUGCAGCGGGCUCAAACCCCUACUCAUCGUAUCAAUCACCUUAUGCAUUGAGCACCGACUCUGGCGAUCAAGCGCGAGAGAACCACGCUCUACGCGAACAAAACUUCUUUGCCUCGACGAAUGCAACACUGGACGAAUACUUGGAGAGAGGUCGCGCAGUCUUGGGCGACUUGGGCGAGCAGCGCGAUAUGCUCAAAAACACACAGAGAAAGCUCUACAGCGUUGCAAACACAUUGGGCAUCUCGGGAGACACGAUACGCAUGGUGGAACGAAGAGCCAAGCAGGACAAGUGGAUUUUCUGGACAGGCGUGGUCGUGUUUGUCGUUUUUGUCUACUUUGUGCUCAAAUGGCUGCGGUGA